AUGCCCCGAUGCCCCGCGGGGACCAUGGACGAGGGGCCCGUGGACCUGCGCACCCGGCCCAAGGCCGGCGGACCCCCCGGCGCCGCGCUGCCGCUCCGCAAGCGCCCUCUGCGCCCGCCCUCCCCGGAGCCGGCCGCCCCCCGCGGGGCUGCGGGCCCCGCGGUCCCCUCGGAUCCCCUCCGCGGUGGCUCCGACGCGCCGGCGGUGCCCGCGCCCCACGGCCUGGCCCGGCCAGAGGCGGUUUACUACCCGGGACCUUUGCUGCCCCUGUACCCCACCCCAACCAUGGGCUCUCCCUUUCCUCUGCUGAACCUGCCUACACCCCUGUACCCCAUGGUGUGCUCCAUGGAACACCCCCUGUCGGCUGACAUCGCCGUGGCCACCCGCGCGGAUGAGGAUGGAGACACGCCACUCCACAUUGCAGUAGUGCAGGGCAAUCUGCCAGCGGUACAUCGGCUAGUCAGCCUCUUCCACCACGGCGGCCGCGAGCUGGAUAUCUACAACAACCUCCGGCAGACACCGCUACACCUGGCUGUGAUAACCACUUUGCCCUCUGUGGUCCGGCUCCUGGUGAUGGCCGGGGCCAGCCCCAUGGCACUGGACCGCCACGGCCAGACGGCAGCCCACCUGGCGUGCGAGCACCGCAGCCCGGCCUGCCUGCGGGCGCUGCUGGACAGCGCGGCCGGGGGCACCAUGGACCUGGAGGCCCGAAACUACGACGGGCUCACUGCCCUGCACGUGGCAGUGAACACCGAGUGCCACGAAGCCGUGCUGCUCUUGCUUGAGCACGGCGCAGACAUCGACGCGGUGGACAUUAAGAGCGGCCGCUCCCCACUCAUCCACGCCGUGGAAAACAACAGCCUUAGCAUGGUGCAGCUGCUGCUGCAGCACGGCGCCAACGUGAACGCGCAGAUGUACUCCGGCAGCUCCGCUCUGCACUCGGCGUCGGGCCGCGGGCUCCUCCCGCUCGUGCGCACGCUGGUCCGCAGCGGCGCGGACAGCGGCCUCAAGAACUGCCACAACGACACGCCGCUCAUGGUGGCGCGCAGCCGGCGGGUCAUCGACAUCCUGAGGGGGAAGGCUACACGGCCUGCUCCUGCAUCCCAGCCGGAGCCCUCCCCCGACCGGAGCGCCACCACCUCCCCUGAGAGCGGCAGCCGCCUGAGCUCCAACGGUCUUCUGUCGGCAUCACCACCCUCCUCGCCCUCCCAGUCUCCCCCCAAGGACACCCCUGGAUUCUCCAUGGCUCCCCCCAGUUUCUUCCUUCCUCCCUCAUCUCCACCUACCUUCCUGCCCUUUGCCAGGGUCCUGCGGGCCCCUGGCCGGCCGGUGCCCCCCUCCCCAGCUCCAGGAGGCAGCUGA